CGAAGUCCCAGGCAAAUUCUUCGGUGGAACGCCCACACUGCCCAACUCGGCCUUUAGCGCGAGCCCGCGAUAGCUUUCCCGCAAGGACCUGGUCGACGACCCCGCAGGAUUCACCAGUCGCCGCCAUAUUAACCACCAGUACCCUCCUUGUUCUUCCUCGAGGAUUCACCCUCUCUCUCUCUCUGUUUUGCCUCUCCUACUCCUCAAGUCAAUGGCAGAUCCCGAAUCCAGGAUCCAAAAACGAAAGCGAAAGUCAACAUCCUUGCAGUCAUGCUCUACCAAAAAGAGGGCUGAGUUCAUAAAUGAUGGCAAAGAAGGUCUGAACAAUAAGGCGUUAAAUUUGGUGGGUGUUUGUGAUAGUGAAGUGAGGCCUGAUGAAUUCAAACAAGGAGAUGAAGAAAGUGGUCUUGUGGGCAUUCCUAUGCCAAUCCCUGGCCAUUCUGAUCAUCAAGGAAGUGUUACAUUUGUUCUUGAGGAGGCGUCAUUAACACUUGCUUAUAUUGGCAAGAGGUAUCAGAUACUUUCUUCUGAUGAGCAUGCUGAUUAUUUGCGGAAAAAGAAACUGAAUCCUUACGACUAUCGGCCUGACAUAGUUCACGAGGUCUCUCUGCUCUUCUGCUCAUUUCUUGUCUGUAUUGUGGACCACUUUGGACUGCUUUGCAUUCUCCAUUUGUGCUGCCUGUAUCUUCAGUGCUCACACUUUUACAAAGUAGAUGGGGAAUAGAGGGGGUAAUUGUGAUGCCGUCAGAAAUGUAACUAGAGAGCGCUUCGCGCUUGCAUAUAUAAGAAAGACAAUUUAGCGGGCAAGUUUGCUUUAUUCCAUCGUGCACUGGUAGUUAUAAACAAAGCAAAAUGUAUUGG